AUGAUUAUCAGCAGCCCCGUGGCUGAUACCAUUGAGGAAGGACCUCCUCUCGCAAGGCCCCAUCUACGAAACUUCUCUAUGCCCGUAAAUAGUUGGUUUUCUCUGAUUGGUUUGUUUGGUGAGUCAGUGUCAGUGUUGGAGGGAGAUUCUGUCACUCUAAACACUGAUCUUACUGAAAUACGUGAUGACGACAUACUGUGGACAUUUGGAGCUGAAAACUCUCUGAUAGCUCAAAUCAAUAGAGAGAACCAAAUCUUUUCCACAUAUGAUGAUGUUCCUGAUGAUAGAUUCAGAGAUAGACUGAAAGUGGAUCAUCAAACUGGAUCUCUGACCAUCACAAACACUACAACUGAAUAUGCUGGACUCUAUACACUAGAUAUAACUGGUGUAAAAUUGAAAAUAUUCAGUGUUUCUGUCUAUGCUCGUCUGCCUGUUCCUAACAUUACCAGAGACUGUUCUUCAUCAUCAUCAUCAUCAUCAUCAUCAUAUUGUUCAUUGUUGUGCUCAGUGGUGAAUGUGGGUCAUGUGACUCUCUCCUGGUACAAAGGAAACAGUUUAUUGUCCAGCAUCAGUGUGUCUGAUCUCAGCAUCAGUCUCUCUCUACCUCUGGAGGUGGAAUAUCAGGAUAAAAACAGCUACAGCUGUGUGAUCAACAAUCCCAUCAGCAACCAGACUCAACAUCUAGACAUCAGCGAACUCUGUCACACAUGUUCAGUGGCAUAA